AUGGCGCCCGACCCCACCAUUGACAACACCAACGACAACGCCAACGACAACUGCAACUCCAACACGAGCACGAAAACUGCCGGUUCGCCAAACCGAAAGACCAAGAAGCGAGUGGUCUGGCAUUCAAGCAGCCAGGACUAUGGAAAGGGAGGUCCGGCGGGGAGAUCACCAGCCUCUCCAGCUGGCAGUGGAGGCGCCAGCACCACGAGCAGCACACCUGUGGCCGCCAACAGUAUGAAUGCUGUCACAGCCGCAGACUCGACUUGCGCCGGCAACAGUGGAAGAGGCAGCGGGACUACAAGCGGGGAUGGAAGUGGCACGCCCAUCCCUACAUUCGAGAUUAAGGACCUCGGAUCAGAGCCAGGCUCACCCAGGUUGUUCUCUACACCACCCGGGGCACCGGACGCCGUGGAAUUGAGAAUGGCCCUUAACUUGGUCUUGACUGAAGAAGAAGAAGAGAGGCGGCGGCGGCAAGAACUGAGCUUGUUGCCUGUAGCCACCCCUCGAGCUCCAAGACCCGCCCUGAGACGUAAUACAAGUUAUGACGUUCCGGAGGAACGCGAGAGGGCAGACCAAGCGGAGAGUCGGGUCACCGAACGCCAGCUUCGCUCCAUGAAUGACGCACGUCAGCGAGCAGAUCGUUUGGCCGUGUCGGUGGGGAGCUAUUCUGCUCCUGGUUCAAGGCGAAACUCGGAUGUUGAAGCUUCAUUCCAGCCCCUAAUCCACGACUCAGAUGAUCGUCACAGCGCCUUCUCGGAUGAUGCCACUGUGACAUUGGAGGAUGACCAUGAGAAGGAGCGUGCUAGGCAUCGCACUCCCUAUAGCCGCCGACGGCGCUUGCUUGCAGACCAGGACGCCGCAGAGUCCCUGGUCAGGUCUCACACCCAGAAGGGCGGGAGGAGCAAUCUGUUCCAUGAAGGGAUUUAUUCGUCUGGCACAAAUACACCAGUGUCCCGCCAAACUUAUGGCAGCGACUAUGUCCCCCGUCCCUCAAAGUACAGAGGCGGUAUUCUGUCUUCGCUCUUGAAGCUUGAUCAGGAUGAUAGAAGAACCCAGUCCAACAAUACCAGCGGGCAACUCACGCCUCUCUCAUCUUCAACUCCUGUCAUGUCGCCUCGCCCCUCACCUCCGAUUUCGAGACCUUCUUCUGCAGCUGGAGGACCGAGAUCUCCCUCUGCAUCUGGAGGAUCUCGACAAAGAUUUACUAGUGGUUUGUUUACCAAUUAUCGGGCCCGCAACUCGACGACUUCUCUUACUGAACUUGUCAAGUCUUCUUCGAUGUUUGCUGCCACGGGUUCCAGCGAGAUCUCCGACCAUUGGUCAGGGACGUUCAAAAAAGAAAAGGCCGAAAAACCCCCCAGAUCCAAGAAGGAGCAGAUCAGAAUAACGGUCCAUAUCGCCGGCAUAAUAUCACGACACAAGUAUCUCCUCAAACUAUGCCGCGCCCUCAUGCUGUACGGUGCGCCCACGCACCGACUCGAAGAGUAUAUGACCAUGUCAUCACGCGUUCUGGAAAUUGAGGGACAAUUUCUCUACAUCCCAUCCUGCAUGAUUAUUAGUUUCGAUGAUAGUACGACACAUACGGCCGAAGUCAAGGUUGUUCGGGUGCCACAAGGCAUUGAUCUAGGAAAGUUACGUGAUGUGCACAACAUUUACAAAGAUGUCGUUCAUGACAAGCUUGGUGUGGAAGAAGCGACGCAGCGUCUGGACGAGGUAAUGGAAAGGGAGCCCAAGUUUCACACAUGGUUCAGAGUCCCCAUGUAUGGAAUUGCAUCGGCUUGCGUGGCGCCGUUCGCCUUCGAAGGCCGAUUUAUCGACCUUCCUGUCGCUUUCUUCCUGGGAUGCAUUGUUGGCCUACUUCAGCUUGUUUUCGCCCCCAGCAACGAGUUAUACGCCCACGUGUUUGAGGUUUCUGCCUCGGUCAUCACGUCUUUCCUCGCUCGGGGCUUUGGAUCAAUCAACAACGGUCAGCUGUUUUGCUUUAGUACUUUGGCACAGAGCAGCAUUGCUCUGAUUCUGCCUGGAUACAUGGUAUUGUGCAGCUCCCUGGAGCUCCAGAGCCACAAUAUCGUCGCUGGUAGUGUUCGAAUGGUGUAUGCCAUGAUUUAUACGCUCUUUCUCGGUUAUGGAAUCACAAUUGGAGCCUCGUUAUACGGCAUGAUGGAUAGCAGCGCUACGAGCGAAACUCAUUGCAAGGAUCCCCUUGAUCGGAACUGGUACUUCUUGUUCGUCCCAGGGUUCACGUUGUGCCUUUGCAUUAUCAACCAGGCCAAGUGGAGACAGACACCAGUCAUGACAUUAAUGGCCUUGGCAGGUUUCUGCGUCAACAGCUACUGCAGCAAGUACUUUGAAGGCAAUAGCCAGAUCUCAAAUAUGCUGGGCGCCCUCACAGUCGGGAUAUUGGCAAACCUGUACUCAAGGCUGGGCAGGCACAUGGAAAAUGCUUGGCUGGAUGCUGUGGAGUGGUGGGAGUACCGAGUCAAGCCAAGACUCCUGAGGCGGCGCCGUCCAGACGCCGAUGCAUGGUCGCUGCCACCAAUGUCAGAUCCCGAAUCUGGCGGCGCUUCCCAAAAGAAACAGUCGUGCCAGCCGCGGAAGGUUGGCUACAGUCUUGCAGCGGCAGCAAUGCUUCCGGCUAUCUUCGUACAGGUUCCCUCUGGACUCGCUGCCGGCGGAUCGCUGCUGGCUGGCAUCACAUCUGCAAAUCAGCUCACAGGCAACAGCACAUCUACGGUGGACUCGAGUGCCAAGACGAUUGGAAACCUGGACGGGACGGCAUUCAAUGUCCUAUUCAGCGUCAUUCAAGUGGCCAUUGGAAUAAGCGUUGGCUUAUUUAUGAGUGCGCUCAUUGUGUAUCCAUUGGGGAAGAGACGGAGUGGACUGUUCAGCUUUUAG